AUGGCUCCCCUUACCCCCGCCAUGCGACUCGAUCACGCGAGGAAUGGCAAGGCACCUCAACGUCGCCGUCCUCCCCCCGUCGAGAUCAAGAAGACCGUUCCAAUUCCAAAGACGGACGAGCAACGGUCAAGGCACGUGACCUCACUUGGCCGCAGUGACUCGCCAAUCAAUGACACCCACGCAAUCUUCCCAUACCACAUCGAUGAAGAAAAUGAGAUCAUCUAUAAGAGGGCCAACGACGGGACAUGGACACAAGGUGUUCCGAGCGCCGCAGAACGUGAAGAUGACAAUCCAGGGAAACUGGUCAGAUGGGCUGAGGUGCCGCAGACCUUGGAGUUCAAUUAUGACUGGACGAUGACCAAGAUUGCCGCUGAGUGCAGAGAUGUUGAUCUUAGACGCGUCGUCAAUCACUUGAUGCGGGUGAGAACAGCCCACGACAUUGCUGAAUACCCGAUACGCAUAGCGCCGGUCCUAGACUUCGACCUGCCUGAAGAGCCAAAGCCGGUCUACGGCGCCGAAGCCAUUCUCAACGCCGACGGCUCGUAUGCGAUUUUAGUCAACUGGGAUUAUCUCCUCCGGGAUAUCAAAGACACAAGUAGAUUGAUGCAGGAUCGGCGCCGAUGGAAUAUGCAGGGCAUGAGGAAGGUCGCUCGCUGGUGUGCAUGGGGAAGAAGCCAAUUGAUCGAAAAUAGAACGGCGUUUGUUGAGGACAUCGACCGAGGCUACGUUAUUGAGAAGGGACUCGAUGGUUUGUUUUUGUCGCAGGUUAGACUGGGGUAUCGACGAGAGGAGGAUUGCUAUUGGGGAAAUGUGACAGGCCCUUGGGAUCCAGAGUCUCGAACAGAGCAUGAUAAAUCUGUUACUGCCGGGCGGGAGGAUUGUGCAGGGAGAAUGGCGGAAGCAUCCUAUCACAAGAACGGUCAGCGCAGUUCUGGAAAGGGCAAUCAACACUGUGGAACAAGUACUGCCUCGUCGAGCAGUUAG